GGGAGACGGCAUUCACCGAGGAAUAAUAGUCGUAACACCUCCGUUGCCUCAUCCUCAGCUGCAGUUUCAGUCUCUGUAUCUUCUUCUUCAUCAACUUCUUCUCCCUCUUCUACCUCAGCUAUGCGUGUUGGUGCCGUUGCGGCUGGUCCCUCACCCUCCGCUGGUCAGCGAACCUCUAUCUCUGCUUGCCAGCAUCAUCAUAAAACGUCUGGUCCAAAGACGAUAGGCACAACAGUGUCUUUUGGUAGUGGUAGUCGUCAAUUAACUACAAUUGGCGGAAAACACGCCACUCUGGCAUGUGAUGCCUUUACGCCCAACUCCGCAACUGUCACCAUGACUUCGGACGUUGGACGUCGCGGGCCCUUAGCCACUUCGCAAGCUGUGCCUGUUGAAGGGUAA